UGCGGUAUCGCACCGGCAGCAUCCGGGUACCGGUACGCUUCACUAUCGUGUCGAUCCCGUGCGACUGAGGAAUGAGAUAGCGGAGUACAUGGAUUGUUGGCAGGAGAUUGCGAGCGUGUGGAACGAGAAGCAACCGACCGAGACGGAACGAUUGUCGGAAAGUAUGGAUUCGUACCGAAGCCAACAGACUCAGGCUAAGAAAGAGUCGAGCGAGAUAAGUAGUGAGCAAGAAGUAAACAACAAAGAGUUGUCAUGUCAAUUGCCUUUGUGUGCGGACAUCAUUAGCCAUUCCGCAGCAACAGCAGACCAACACAUGAGUACUACGCACAGAGCAAUGGAACUGACCGUUCAGUGUCACAAGUUGUCUUGUGAAGAUCUCGUCAUGAGGCGCUAUGCGUUGCCAUGGGAGACAUCCAUGUUGCGACCUACACCUGGUUAUACUGGGUUUAUUCCGGAAACUGCAGUUGUGCGUACAGUUGCGUUUCCACCCAUCAAGUCAGGGCUUCACUCGGUUUAUGUCAGCAGCUACAGACCCUUACCGAGCUGUGAGUACAAAAUGCUGCCAUUUCUCCGCAAAACACCUCUAUCAAGAGCUGUCACAUUAACAAUCCCGUAUAACCCGUUUACGAAAACGCCUCAGAAGACUGACUGUACGUCAUUACCAAUUAUAGUCAAAAAGUGAAAAGCCUACGGCAUCGACAUCCAUGAUGAAAAGUCAAAUUGGCACGUCAAAUGCAGUACGAGCAAAACAACAAACGAACUUGGCGACGACAAUCCAGUUGUGUAGAACUGAAUAAAUUUUUGCGUUUAUAACUGUGACAGUAUAAACGUAGUCAACUAAUUUACUUGGUAUACACUAUAAAAACAUUGAAAAUUUAUGCCUCCAUUCCUUUAAUAUACUUAAGACAAAAUGAUUAUACAUAUCUUAAAAAUAAUUAAU